CGUCGGGAACGUCGGCUCGUAACAACUGCUAGCCACGCGUCUUCACAUGCCCUACACCUUCCACAAGCUCCGAGGCUUUGCAGCAAGAUUUUGCGAAGAUAACCGUCAGGGUCACAUCAGACUUAGAUCAUCCACAGAAGCGAUCGCCGCUGCAGCCGAACCCAACUUAUAGCGACCCUGGCCGGUCGUAAUACUAAUUCUCCGAGAAUAAAAUUCGACGACCAGAAGAGCCAUUCUAAGGAGGCAUUUUGGACAAAAUGUGGCCGUUUAGUUGGAUUCAUGCGGCCCUCAAUUGGAUCUUGCUCUGGUUGCGCCUGAUCCCGCACCGUCAAGUCGGAUGGAAGUCGCUAAACCGCAAGACGGGAGAACUCGAACGUGAACAGCAACCCCUGCUCAAGAAGCUGAAGUUGAUUCUGCUCUUCAACCCACUUACGGAAUGGCUCGAUACUACACAUGCCAUGCGUCUCUAUAUACAUGAAAAGAGCAUUAAAGAAGGCCGAGAAGAGGGUACUCCGCAGUCACACAACAGGAUCAAAUCAUUCAUCGACUUCUACGCGAUCAAUAUGGACGACUUUGAGCCUUCGGAUCCCGAGAAGUACCCCACCUUUGAGGACUUCUUCGUGCGGAAGCACAAGCCGGGUACCAGGCCAGUUGCGGAGAAAGACAAUCCAAAGAGGGCGGUUUGCGUCGCGGACUCGCGCGUAGUGACCUACGAUACCGUUGCCGAAGGGAAGAAACUGUGGAUAAAGGGGACGGACUUCAGCAUUACUAACCUGGUCAUGGAUGUCAAGCUUGGGGCGCGCUUUACGGAUAGCGCCAUAGCUUCGUUCCGCCUUAGCCCGCAAGACUAUCAUCGCUAUCAUAGCCCUGUUUCCGGCACGGUCAAGGAGUUUCGCAGCUUGCCUGGCGACUACUACCAAGUGGAUCCGAUUGCGUUGAGGAGCGCGGUCAAUAUUUUGACCAGCAACGCCCGGGACUACGUCUUGAUCGAAUCGCCCGAGUUUGGUGAAGUGCUCUUCUGCGCUAUCGGUGCAACGAACGUUGGCACAGUCUACAUGCAUGAAAAGUUCCAGACGCCUGGCACGAAGAUCGAGAAGGGAGAUGAGCUUGGUAUCUUUCAGUUCGGCGGUUCCUCCAUCAUCCUUGCUUUCCAGAAGGGCCGCGUAAAGUUCGACGACGAUUUGCGGGACUGCAGCAAGCACUGCAUCCAAGUGUCCGUGGAAGUGGGCAUGAGCUUGGGAGUGGCGACCCGGCCGAGCAGCAGGGAGCAGGAAGACGAGACUGCUGAAAAGGAGGAGAAUGGCGCAUCUUCAUAUGCCGAGGUUGUGAAGGAAGGCUAAGCUAUUUACCUGAGGACAGGGCGGUAAGCUGGCCUGCCCCUGGAGGCAAAUUGACGGCGAGGAAAUUCGGACCGAAGCAAAACAGUCGAGGAAGCCAAUAGCUGGUGUUAACUAGAUCGCAUUGAAAGCAUAGGGCAUAGUUGAUGUGAGACGUGCGAUUGGAGAUAGAGUGGAGUCGUCUCGAGAUGACAUUCUGAUGCGAGCGGUGUGGUCUUCGUCGCUUUGACGAGGUGGGGGCUCAUCGUUGUGGCCCCGAAAUAGCGCUGUUUCAAAAAGCCACUAGAGCCGGUUCGGUCUAGCGCUAUAUCUC